CGAACUGCUGCACAAAUCACCAGUGACUGCCCGGAUGACGUCAUGAGACUGCGUCCAGAAAUCGAAGCAAAGAGAGGUCAAAGGAAACGGAAACCGGGCGGUUAUUAGUUAUAUGGCUAUGUUCACUGCAGCUAAUUGUACAAAAACCGUCGUUGCUUCUGAUCUAAGUAGUGGACCAACGGAUAUCACCACCGUCUGUCAUGUCGUACUGUAAAGAUCGCAUCAUCUUCGUUACCAAGGAAGACCAUGAAGCACCUAGCAAUGCUGAGCUCAUUGCAGAUGACCCCAAUGACCCCUACGAAGACCAGGGCCUGAUUCUGCCUAGUGGGGAGAUCAACUGGAACUGUCCAUGCCUGGGAGGGAUGGCUAGCGGGCCCUGUGGCACACAGUUCAAGGAGGCCUUCUCCUGCUUCCACUACAGCAAUGAGGAGGUGAAGGGUUCAGAGUGUAUCGACAACUUCCGCGCUAUGCAGGAGUGUAUGCAGAAGUACCCCGAGCUCUACCCACAGGAGGACGAGAACGAGGGAGUCGCCGCGGGAGGGGCUGAUGCUACUACCGUGGGAGGGGCUGAUGCUACUGCCGUGGGAGGAGCUGAUGCUACUGCCGUGGGAGGGGCUGAUGCUACUGCCGUGGGAGGGGCUGAUGCUACUGCCGUGGGAGGGGCAGAUGCCACUGCGCCUGCGCCUGCUGAGGGCUCUGCCCCUGUUGAUUCUACUUCACCUGAGCUGGCAGAGGACUCGUCCUCAGCACCAGUGGCGUCUAGUGACUCAACCCUGUCCUCCCCAACACCUGAGUCUGCCCCGUCAUCCGACAAUACACCCCCCACAGACAGCCAGGCUGCGAGCUAAAAUCACCCACUCUCCACCAUCCCCCGGUCUCUCCCUGAAACCACUGCCGUGCACAGACCACUCUCUGGGGAGAUCAGCUUUGUCAACUGAUGCCUUAGACCUGUUCUCUUGGUUCAACAUUCAUCACGAGGGAGAAUUACUUUUAAAGGGGGCCUAGAACUGCAGAGGUGUUAAGUCUCCUACAGGGAAUAUGCUGUGAGAAGAGGAGGACAAUACAAAAGAAAUACACAUCUUUUUUCUUAUGCUUUUUUAUCCAGUGGUUGUUGAGCUACUGAUGUUCCUACAGUGGGGAGUUUGUAGAGGAGGACUUGUUCGCUGAAGGGGACUUUAGUUAAAGGUUUCUCAUCCAAAACAAUUUAGCUGCUUAUUAUCAAGCUUCAAAUCAGAUCAUUUGUGCCAUUCUAUGUUAAUUCUACACUGGAGGUGUGUAACCUACUAUCAAUGUUACUGGUCAGACUAGUUUGUGAUCACUUGACUUAAUGUUAGGCUUGGGCGGUAUACCUCAUACCAGGGUAUUUGGAAAUAGUCGGGAUGUUUUUUUCAAUACUGUUAAUAGCAUUGAACAUUUAAACUAUUUAUUUGAUGUUUUUCAAUACAUUUUCAUAUUUGUUGCUAAUUUUUAAGUAAAUACCCACACAGUCAACUUGUGCAAUACUUUAGGAGAUAAAGCAGGUUGCGUUCUUCAUUUCACCGGUAGUUCUUCAUUUCACAUAGGUCCCCAGAACAGUUGAGCCAAUCACGUUGUUUGUUUGUAAAUAGCACAACUGGAGAAAGCGGGAGGAGGUGAGAACAGCUGUGUAUUGACGAGUCGCGUUGUAUAUUGAAAGUCGUGUUUGUUUUUUGCUUCAAUAAAGUGAUCAGGGAAGUGCAACUAUAGUUUUCCUUCAGAAAAAAAUACGUUAGUGCAACACAUUAGGCAGAAAAAAAGCUUCAUUGUAAUCAGAUGACAAAAGUAGUGCAACGCUAUUUGGCUGGCAGUCACACAAGUAAAUGAGCUUGCAAUGAAAAAGCAAGGUAUUUUUUGCAAAAAUAAUGCAUGGCCAUCGUGUGCCUGUUUAUCAUAGAAAGAAUGUAGCCAGCUACAUUUCCUAAUGUUUUGUUUAAAGUUAAUAUUGGAGUUAAUCUUUUACCGAAGAAAAGUAGGCUGGCUACACCGAUAAAAGUAGCUUCACAUCAGUCAGAGCACUGUCUGCUGAUAUAAUGCCCAUUUGUGAAUUCUCAUCCGAGUGGAGAAGUGCAAUUGAAGCACAAAUUGAGUCUGAUGCAGAGCAGAAAUUACAUUAAGUAUCAUUUUACGUCUGCGUUUACAAAACGCUGCAAGAUAUUUAUUUAAAACAAUUUAAUUCUGCAUUAAAUUGGCUCCCGAGUGGUGCAGCGGUCUAAGGCACUGCAUCUCAGUGCAAGAGGCGUCACUGCAGUCCCUGGUUCGAGUCCAGGCUGCAUCACAUCCAGCCGUGAUUGGGAGUCCCAUAGGGUGGUGCAUAAUUGGGCCAGCGUCGUCCGGGUUUGGCCGGGGCAAGCCGUCAUUGUAAUUCAAAAUGUGUUCUUAACUGACGUGCCUAGUUAAAUAAAGGUAACAUUAUUUAAAUUAAAGUGACCCCUAAAUUUAACUUGCUAGUUAAUCUAAGUAAAUUGCUGAAUUAAUAAAGUGGAGGCAUCAUAUCGUGUUAGCUUUCUGCCGUGUUCUCCCAUCUUCUUAGAGCAGGCAGGCCAGUUGCCCUAGUGACUCCAGACAGGCACAAUGUGUAGUCUACACAUGCUGCUUCAGAGCCAGUACUGUUCUUCCUUCAGACAAGCAUGCAUCAGAACUUUGUUAAUUUGCACAGUGUCUCAUGUUCACAUUCACUUGUAAAUGUCCAAACUCACCAAAAAGAACAUUUGGUAGCUCCUAACUAUAUAUGUAUAACUUUAUGAGCUGUAUUGCCUGUUUUUGCAAUUCCUUUAUUUUCGUUGGUGCCCGUUAGCAUAUUUAGUCAGCCCCAUUGAAAUUCGCUAUUACCUGUGCUAACUUUGUUAGCAUUCUGUUAGACGCCCAAUGUUUGUUUGUUUUUGCGCCGCCUUGUGUACGAAGCCUGUAAUACCGUAUUAUCCCGGUAUGAGAAAAGGAUGGUAUGAUAUGAAAAUCUGGAUACUGCCCAACCCUACUGCAUGUUUGUGUUUAACAGAUUAUGGUAAGAGAUAGGAUUAAAGCUUGAUUACUCUUGUGUACUAAAUUGCUGCUCAAAGAUCAUGUGACAUUUUAAGUUUUGUCAAAAGUCCUGAAUGUUGCUGUUGGCAUGAUGUUUUUCCAACAAUCUGUUCUUUGAUUUUUACCUCACUAUUACUUAAUAGAUUUUUCCAUCCAAUGACCACCCUUCAUAACCCAUAUACCUGAAUAAAGUGGAAAUCCAUUGUC